GCCCAGCCUGACAGCCGAUCCAGUGCAGCAUUCCCGUUUCCUAACGCACAGGAGCGCCGCUUUUUCCAUCGCGCUGCCCCAUCCAGACAUUCACACCGGUGGGAACACGCUGUUAAAAACAAGCCCUCAAACAUGUCUGUGGGUAGUGACUUUGGAAACCCUUUAAGGAAAUUCAAACUCGUCUUUCUUGGAGAGCAAAGCGUGGGGAAGACUUCCCUGAUCACACGCUUCAUGUACGACAGCUUUGACAACACGUAUCAGGCGACAAUUGGAAUUGACUUCCUGUCAAAAACCAUGUAUUUGGAGGACAGAACGGUUCGGUUGCAGUUGUGGGACACGGCAGGCCAGGAACGUUUCAGGAGCCUCAUUCCGAGCUAUAUAAGAGACUCCACCGUAGCUGUGGUGGUGUAUGACAUCACAAAUGUGAAUUCAUUCCAGCAAACUUCCAAAUGGAUCGAUGAUGUGAGAACGGAGGAGAGAAGUGAUGUCAUCAUCAUGCUGGUGGGCAAUAAAACAGAUCUGGCAGAUAAGAGGCAAAUCACGAUCGAGGAAGGCGAGCAGCGGGCCAAGGAGCUGAGUGUGAUGUUUAUCGAGACCAGUGCCAAGACAGGCUACAAUGUCAAACAGCUGUUUCGACGUGUGGCAGCUGCCCUUCCAGGAAUGGAGAGCAUGCAAGAGACAAGCAAAGAAGGCAUGAUUGACAUUAAAUUGGACAAACCACAGGAGCCUCCGACUACCGAGGGUGGAUGUUCCUGUUAAUAGCUCACAUCUGAUUUCCAGCAUCAUCUACACCACGUGCUUGUUGUGUUGCUUCCUCUUGGUUAGCUUCCAGUUGUGUUUUCAGAUUGGAUAUUUGGCCUUCCCAUCUGACUUUAGUAACUGGUUGGAAUCAGUGUUACAUCAAUUUCAAAUGUAAAAUAGUAUACUUUAGUAACAAAAUUGCCAAAAAUCCUAAAAAUUCAAAUCAACAAAAAUGUA